AUGGCAGGCAAGAAGAAAGAAGCGAGUCUGCAGGCGUCUGUCACAAACCAAGAGCAAUGGGAGGAGAUGCUUGCAACUAAAGGUUUAACAGUUGUGGAUGUGUACCAACAGUGGUGUGGUCCCUGUCGAGCUGUUGUCAGUCUCCUGCGAAAAAUAAAGAACGAACUGGGUGAUGACCUGUUACAUUUCGCCACUGCCGAGGCAGACAGCAUUGAUGCUCUGGAGAAGUAUCGAGGGAAAUGUGAGCCCACCUUCCUGUUCUUUGGGGGCGGAGAGUUGGUGGCUGUGUUGCGAGGGGCCAAUGCGCCUCUACUUCAGAGGAUGAUCGUAGAGGAACUGGCCAAGGAGAAACUGGUCCUGGAGCAAGGUGGUGAACGCAAAGCGGUUAAGGAUGAAGGUCUGGUGGAUGAUGAGAAGAGAGAAGAGGAGGAGGCGCCUCAGCAGUCCCCAAAUGAAGAAAGCGUAAUUGUCCCUGCCAGUAAAUCGUACACAGUUGCCAUCAUCAAACCAGAUGCUGUCGCUCACGGCAAAGCAAAUGAGAUCAUUAUGAAGAUUCAAGACGCUGGGUUUGAGAUCCUGGCCCAAGAGGAGCGCACGUUGACUGAGGUUGAGGCUCGAGAUUUUUACCAGCACAAAUCAGCAGAGGCUUGCUUUGAGGACUUGGUGCAAUUUAUGUCAAGCGGGCCCUCCCAUAUUCUGGUGCUCUCUCAGGUUGAGGGCUCAGCCAAUGUUGUACCAGCAUGGCGUGAGUUCAUUGGCCCAGCAGACACAGAAGAAGCCAGGAGAGAAAAUCCAGAAAGCUUGCGGGCACAAUACGGCACACAGACACUGUUCAACGCAGUGCACGGUAGUGAGGACAGUGACCAGGCCAGCAGGGAGCUCGCCUUCUUCUUCCCCAACUUCAGGACAGCCUCAGUAACGGAGCAGGAUGGGGAGGAAGAGCGUGUGGAGAGGACACUGGCUCUUAUCCGGCCCGACGUUGCCAGAGAGAACAGAGAGGAGAUAUUGGCCCAAAUCCACAAAUCAGGUUUCACAGUGGCUCUCCAAAAAGAGGUGACGUUGACAGAGGAGCAGGUCAGACAGUUUUACUUCCAACAUGUUGAGGAGGACUACUUCCCCGCACUGCUCCGAUGCAUGACCAGUGGGCCGGUGCUGGCUUUGGCUCUAGCCAGAAUGGGAGCUGUCCAUCACUGGAGGAACAUCCUUGGUCCCUCUGAUGUUAAAAAAGCCAAAGAGGAGAGUCCUGAAUGUCUCAGGUCUCAGUUUGCAGUGGAAGAUGAGGCCAUCAACCAGCUGCAUGGGAGUGCAAGUCAUGAAGAGGCAGAACGAGAGAUCAACUUCUUCUUCCCAAAACAGCAGACCCUGGCAGUGAUCAAACCUGAUGCCUUAGAGAAACAUAAAGAGAUGAUUUUGGAGGAGAUUCAUGGCCGCGGUUUCUCUGUCACACGCCUGAAGGAGACCGUUCUGUCAAGGGAGAUGGCUGAGGAGUUUUACAAAGAGCACAGGGACAAGCCUUUCUUCAGCCAGCUGGUGGAGUUCAUGAGUCGGGGGCCCUGUAUGAUGCUUGUCCUAACCAAGGAGAAUGCAGUGGAGGAGUGGAGGGCCAUGAUGGGCCCCACAGACCCUGACCAGGCUAUGGUGACAUCUCCAAACUCUGUGAGAGCCCGCUUUGCCUCCAAUAUCCUCCACAACUCAGUCCACGGCUCCUCCAGUGAGCAGCACGCAGAGGAGAAGAUCAGUUUAAUCUUCGGUGACAUCUGCACAGACUCAGAGCUCACUGGUGAUGGAGAGACUGACACAUCCAUUCCAGGUGAAUCACAUAAUUCAACUCCCUGCAGUCCACAGACAGGAGAGACUGACGAUCCAGAGGCUUUACACUGA